GUAUCGAUUACAGUGAAUGUUACUUUCUUUUACAGUAAUGGUUGAAUAUUCAUCUAGUGGUGAGUGAAUAAUAUUUAAAAUGUGCCGAGACACUAAUAAUCUAAAUGUGUGUUGAUUUUUAAAAUUUUGUGAUCCAGAGUCCAGAUCAAUAUAAAAAGGUUGAAAACUAUUCUUCAACUAGUUGAAAUACUGAAAUAAAAAAGCAUUUACAAGUUGAUGAGUUUGUUUUUGCUUAUUUGUAUUCUUCAGACAGAUAAUCGUCUAACAGCUUUAAAAUAUUACCUUUAAUAAUCAACAUAUCAAAUAUUAUGAUCGAUUGGAAAUAUUUGAACCUCAUUUAAUUACACCAUAAGCAAACCUUGAACGUCUUCAAGACUCCAAAUGUAAAUAGAGGUUUUUGUUUUCUCUCAACAAAUGUCUUCUUCCCAAGCCAUGGACCAGACUCCAUUCUCGUUUUUGCUUCUCACAAUUCAGCCUCAUCUUUUUCAAUUUAUUUUAAUUGAGCAAACGUUUCAGUAUGGAUUAUAAUAAUAGCAAUUAUUUUGCUACCUCGUUGAUCUUUCCACUCACUAUUUGCUCUAAUCUACAUUUCAAUCAGAAAAGUGUUGCAUACAUUUUUUGUUUUUUAGUUAAAGUCUCUCAUUUGUUUACUUUUUUAGUGUAAAGGUUAUUCUCGUUAUUAUUAUCAUUACUAUUAUUACUGGUUACUAUUAACCUAACCACUGGACUCUACUGUAUUCAAUUUAUAAUCUGUUUCAUCCUGCUUUAUGAUAAUCAGUGCCCAACCCAGUUAUUUAAAUCAUAUAUUGGAUUCGCGUAAACCCAUAGAUUGAAUGUUUACUUAUGUUAUUCUCUGCUUCUCUGCAUUUUUUGGUUUGUUUUGAGGUUUUCUGUUACAUGCCUUUGAUCAUCACAUUAACAUCAUCAUCAAAAUCAAAACUUAUUUCAUACUUAAGGACAGUCUACUUGUGCCCCAUACAACUCCCAGUCGUUAAAUUCAAAUCAACAUAACCAGCUCUGCUGUCUUUUGCUGCUGCUAUCAACAGCAACAAUCAUCUUCAUCACCAUAUUAUUAUCAAUACCAGCGAUUGUAUUCAACAAACACCAUUGAAUAAAAAAUAUCUAAGUGGUAAAGAUUAUUCACUGUGACGGUUUUAUUUUGUUAUUGUGGUGCCAAAAAUACCUAGGAAUCAUGUCAUCAAAUGUAAAUCUUGCUGAUAUUGAGGCAACUAAAUUGGAGACUUUAUGGAAACAUGAUUUGUACACUUUACAAUUAAAAGCCCCAAAGCCUAAACGUGUUGUUUGCCAAACUUAUAUACCUGAUCGCCCACCUCAUUAUGGUAGAGAAUUUCAUGGUAAAAUCACUCGAGAAGAAGCCAACAAAUUACUCAGUGGUGAGGAUGGACGGUAUCUGGUCAGAGAAUCCGUGCGAGCUCAGCAUCAGUACACACUAUCCUUAAGAUUUGAAAAACAGACGAAACACUUUCGCCUCUAUUAUGAUGGCAAACAUUUUGUGGGCGAUAAAAGAUUUGAUACGGUCCAUGAUCUGGUCGCCGAUGGUCUAAUCAUCAUGUACUUAGAGACUCAUGCCCGUGACUAUAUUGCCUCUAUGAGCAAUGUUGCAUACGAAGAAACACCUCACUAUACUCUGCAGAAAUCACAUAAAUUACAAAAAAAGAAAUUUUUCAAGGAUCAAGGAGAGCUUACUAAAAUAGACGAUCUCAGGAAUGGUAUUAAAAGAAUCGAUAUUCAUGAUAUCGACGACGAAGUUUAUGACGAUGUAAUAGAUGUUCAAAUGUUUGAGAAGAAACAUGUCUUUAAAUCACAUAAUUACAUGGGACUUCCUUUUUGUGACUAUUGUGGUAAUUUCAUGUGGGGAUUACUUGCUCAAGGUCUUAAGUGUGAAGAUUGUGGUUUCAAUGCUCAUCGUAAAUGCUCUGAGAAAGUGCCAAAUGAUUGUUGUCCUGAUUUAAAGCAUAUUCACAGAAUUUUCGGAAUCGAUCUUACUGCCGUGGUUAAAGCUUGCAAUACAGUUCGACCUUUCAUAAUUGACAUAUGUGUAAAAGAAAUCGAAAAUCGUGGAUUAAAUACUGAAGGACUCUACCGUGUUUCUGGUCUAUCAGAUGAUGUCGAAGCUAUUAAAGUAGCUCUCGAAAGAGACUGGGAUAAAGCCGAGCAAGUUUUCAAAACUUGUGAUGAUGUCCAUGUAAUCACUGGAGUUUUAAAGAUGUAUCUAAGAUCAUUACCCAUUCCAUUGAUAACAUUUGAUGCCUAUCCUCAUUUCUUAGCUGCUCUCAAAAAAAAUCCUCUGGAUGAGAAAAUCUCUGGUCUAAAAGAUGUCAUCUCUACUUAUCUACCUCCUGCUCACUACCAAUCGCUCCAAUACUUGAUUGCUCACCUCGAAAGGGUUUCUCAGCAUGCCUCUGAAAAUUUAAUGUCAGCUCACAAUAUAUCGACUGUUUUGUGUCCCACCUUAAUGCGAACGCCUAAUAUUGGACUCAAACCAUUCCAAAUGAACUCUUGGGAUCAAGAGAUUCAAGUAUUGGAAAUACUUAUCAAGCAUCAUUCCAAAAUUUUCAAGUGACUCUAAUGAUAGCUUUUUCUUUUAUCAUACUCAUGCUUUACUUUGGAGUAAUUAACACAAAUUUCUCGGUACUUUUUAUCCAUUCAUUUCUGUUCAUUAAUUUAGUCUAAAACAAUGCAAUAUUUCUUUUCAUCCUUAUGGUCACCAUGACUUUCUCAUACAGCCAUAAAAGAAACAACAAAGUCUCUAAUUUAUUGUUUUUUAUUUAUCAUGAUUUACGUUGAUUUUUCUUUGAGUAAUCAAAUUGCUCAUUUUUCAUCUGAUCAAUAAAAAUUUUGCCAAAACUUUA